AAUUUUGCAUCGAUUUUUGCAUUGGCAAACGUGUUUAGAAUUUCACAAGAGAAUUUGUGACAAUUAGUGCUCCAGCGUGCGUGUGAAUGUGCUCGAAUCUGGUCUGCUGACGUAAACUCUGAAAGCAUUUAGCAGACUAAGCCAAGAUGAGAUUCGGUGGAGUGCUGCUUCUCUGCCUUUGCUCCUUUCAAGCUGCCUGGUCGCAACUUCUGGUGGACUGGGCCCGCGACUUCGAGACUUCCCUGCUGAACAACCGAAUUCCGGAUACCAACCGAUUCCUGCCGGAAUAUGACUUCAUCAUUGUGGGCGCCGGAAGUGCUGGUUGCGUCCUGGCCAACCGGCUGAGUGAGAUAUCCUCGGCGAGUGUUUUGCUCCUGGAGGCCGGCGAUCAGGAGACCUUCAUCAGCGACGUCCCUCUGACGGCGGCCCUCACCCAAAUGACUCGCUACAAUUGGGGCUACAAGGCCGAGCCCACGGCGAACGCCUGCCAGGGGUUAAAGGGCGGCGUUUGCAACUGGCCCAAGGGGCGUGGCGUGGGGGGCACCAGUCUGAUCAACUUCAUGCUCUACACUCGAGGACAUCGCAGGGACUACGAUGACUGGGCGGCGGCCAAUAACUCGGGAUGGUCCUACGAUGAGGUGCUACCGUAUUUUCGCAAGUCCGAGAGGAUUGGCAUACCAGAACUGUACAAGUCCCCGUAUCAUGGUCGCAAUGGAAACCUGGAUGUGCAGUACACGGACUACAGAUCUCAGCUGCUGAAGGCCUUUCUAAAAUCCGGCAGAGAAAUGGGCUAUGAUAUUACAGACCCGAAUGGGGAGCACCUGAUGGGAUUCUCGAGAUCCCAAGCCACCAUUCGUAAUGGCAGAAGAUGCAGUACCAGUAAAGCCUUCAUACAGCCCGUGGUCCAGCGGAAGAACCUGCACAUCUCCAUGAAGAGCUGGGUCACCAAGUUGGUCAUAGAUCCCAUCACCAAAACAGCCACUGGGGUGGAGUUUGUGAAGCAGCGACAGCGUUUUGUGGUUAAAGCCAGGAAGGAGGUGAUCCUGUCCGCCGGCACCAUCGCCAGUCCGCAGAUCCUCAUGUUAUCGGGAGUGGGUCCAAGGGAACAUCUCGAUGAGCACAAUAUCCCGGUGGUGCAGGAUCUGCCAGUGGGUUACAACCUCCAAGAUCACAUAACGCUGAAUGGUCUGGUGUUUGUGGUCAAUGACUCCACGGUGAAUGAUGCCCGCUUGCUGAAUCCCUCGGAUAUCUUUCGGUACAUCUUUGCGGGUCAGGGACCCUAUACCAUCCCAGGUGGAGCCGAGGCCUUUGCCUUUGUACGAACUCCCAGCUCCAGCUUCGCUAAGGACUAUCCUGACAUGGAGUUGGUUUUGGGCGCUGGAUCCCUGAGUGGCGAUCGAUUUGGCACCAUGCGAAAUUUGCUGGGCAUCACGGAUGAGUUCUACGACUACAUGUUUGGGGAUCUGCAGAACAAGGAAACCUUUGGCCUGGUUCCAGUGCUCCUACGACCCAAAAGCCGGGGUAGAAUAUCUCUACGUAGCCGAAAUCCUUUCCACUGGCCGCGAAUGGAACCCAAUUUCAUGCAGCAUCCCGAUGAUGUGAGGGCGAUGAUCGAGGGCAUUGAAAUGAUCCUCAAGCUGGCCCGAUCCAAGCCCAUGGUGAAGAUGGGCACCCGUUUCCACGACCGUCCCUUUCCGGGCUGCGAGCAUCUGAAAUUCGCCAGCGAGCAGUACUGGAAGUGCUGUCUGCGAAGAUAUGGUUCCAGUUUGCAGCACCAAUCGGGAACCUGCAAGAUGGGUCCCUCCACGGACAACACUUCGGUGGUGGAUGCCCAACUGAGGGUCCAUGGCAUCCGGGGACUACGAGUGGUCGAUGCCUCGGUGCUACCCAAUGUGCCAGCUGGCCACACAAAUGCCAUUGUGAUCAUGGUGGCCGAAAAGGCCUCGGAUGUCAUCAAAGAUGCCUGGCGCAUGCGAACCACUCCUUUGGAUUCAUGAAUAUCAUUAAGCUCCUUAUUUAUUCUUCAGCUAGCACCAGUCAUUAGGUUAGGUUCUCAUGUGAUAGUUAAGGUAGCUGUAAGGUAUUUUCGUGGCUUUAAAAAGGGGUAUCUUUGAGUAAUUUUAAAGAAGUGAGUAUUUAUUUGGUUGAAACGAAUAUUUAUUCAAUGCACUGAGUUACAUUUUUCAAACAGAAAGGUUUUGUACAGUUUUUCAUGCUUUAAAAUAAAUUUUAUUUAAAGAACUUUAACAGAAUUUUUUAUUUUAAAUUUGUAAAGACACUAUUGUGUAUUGUAUUGUAAUGUAUUAUUAGUUUUGAAAUAACGCGCCAAGUUGAAAAGCUUUUGAAAGCCUUGUCCUAAUAUAUUUGUGUACCAACCUGCUUUUGUUGCUUGCAAAA